AUGCCAGAAUCACCUGCUAAGAGAUCAGGGGAACCCACUGAAGAAGCUGCUGAAAAGAAACGCAAGCUGUCGAACAAUGAUGAGUCGGAUUCCGAGUCGUCUGUAAUUCCUUCCACGGGAAGUGGAUUGGCAUUGCCCAAACUGGAUGAAAGAAAGAAAUCUGCUAAGAAAGCUGCAAGCACAACAUCUUCGGUGAAACCACCAACACAGACAGAUCCAAGCAAGAUGCAGGAUGUCUUGUUUUCUGCAGGGGUCGACGUCAAAGCGGAAGAAGCAUUACUAAACUCAUCAGUCACCGCUGCAAGAAGUUCAAGUCAAUCACAAGCAAAAGUACCGCCUCAUCCACCUUUCUUGCAUCCAACACAAUUGAGUACAUUCAUGAAAAAGAUAGUACGUGAUCAAAAUUUCCUCAUCGAUUCAAAUUUUGAAAAAAAUCCUGCUCUAUUGAAUAUGAUCUCUUCAUCGUGUGAAAUGUACAUUAAAGAUAUAAUAACCAACUCAUUAAUCAUAUCGAGACAUCGUAGGAAAGGUGUGCAAAUAAACACGGGAAGAAGAAGCGAAAUUUCAGUGGCAUUAAGGGCAGUGGCUUUACAACAGAAGAAGGAAGAAGAAAGAAGAUUAAAAAAAAGAAUCGCCUUGGGGCUCGAAAAGGAAGAUUUAGAGAAUAAAAUUGACUCUGAAGAAACUUUACAUAGAGCUUCAAACGUUACAGCUGGGUUAAGAGCAGGUAGCAAAAAGCAAUACGGAUGGUUGACUUCUUCCGUAAAUAAAGCAGCUGCCACUCCUUUAAGUUCGGCAGGUAAAGUCGCUACAGAUAUUGCUACAAGAGGUGAUAUGGGUCUAAGAUUUAGAGAAGCAAGAGAAGAACCCGGUAUUGUCAUGCGAGACUUAUUAUUCGCCUUAGAAAACAGAAGAAUUGGCGUACAUAAUGUCAUAUCGAAAGGUUAUGCUAGAAUAAGAGAUUAG